AUGCAUGGAGAGCUUGGGAACAAGCUCGUCCAACACGCGAAACGCACCCUCACACUCCCGGCCCUGCCCCCCUACCAGACCGAACUCGUGCGCUCCGUCGUGCGCGAAGUGCGCGACCUCGACCGCGAUGUGACGCGGAUCCUGGAGCCGUUCACCACCACCGCUUACGACGAGGAGGGGAACCUGUCGUCGCAGAACACGUUCAAUCCGGCAGAACACCCCGCCACAGCGUGCGCCCUGCUCGUCGACCACCUGAGCAUGAGGAGGGAUAAGAGGUGUUUGCUGGCGUACCACCGCGUGCGGGCCGAGAAGUUGGAGGAGAUGGUCUGGGACGGCCAAGACUUGGAGGUUGGGUUGGGCGCCGAGGCGGGUGGCAGUGGCCCAAACACCAGCAUCCGUGGCGAAGACGCUUCUGCCGGAGCAGCGGCACCACCGGGGACGCAUAACUCGCUGUCCCCAGAGGAGGAGUCGUACUUCCAUGCCUACGUCGACUUCCUCUCGCAGUACAAAGGCCAGUGGACGGACAUCGACCUGACCGGCUCCCUCGAACCACCACGCGACCUCUUCAUCGAUGUCAGGGUGUUGAAGGACGCAGGGGAGAUCCAGACAGAGUAUGGCGCGAUCAAUUUGUCCAAGAACUCGCAAUUUUUUGUCAGGCAGGCCGAUGUGGAGAGGCUGAUCCAGGGCGGAUUCUUGAAAAGGCUGAGUUGA